AUGUCUUAUUACCCAGGACAAGGUGGGUACGGAUCCCAGCAGCACGGCGGCUACGGCCCUCCUCAGCCAUCAUAUUCACCACAACCGUACCCUCCCCAAGGUGGUGGCUACGGCUACGGCGCGCCUCCUCCACAACCAGGCUACGGCUACAACGCCCCCCCUCCUCAGGCGGCGCCGUACGGCUACAACAACCCUCCUCCUCCACAGCAAGGCGGAUAUGGAGGUUACGGAGCCCCUCCUCCACAACCCAAUGGCUACCCAGGGCCUCGACCUGGUAUGCCGAAUACCAACCAACGAGUCGGUGGUGGCCGGCCUGCGGCGCCGCCCAGUGGGUCGCAAGCCUUCGGCCACGGUGCUCCAAACAACUACACCUUUCAAUACUCAAACUGUACUGGCAAGAGAAAGGCGCUACUCAUUGGAAUCAACUACUUUGGCCAGCGAGGGCAACUUCGGGGUUGUAUUAAUGAUGUGAAGAACAUGUCGACAUACCUGAACCAGAACUUUGGGUACGCGCGAGAAGACAUGGUGUGUCUGACAGACGACCAACAAAAUCCCAUGUCGCAACCCACCAAGGCCAACAUUCUACGCGCCAUGCACUGGCUGGUCAAAGACGCUCAGCCCAACGACUCACUCUUUUUCCAUUACAGCGGUCAUGGAGGUCAGACGCCCGACCUGGAUGGCGACGAGGACGAUGGGUACGAUGAAGUCAUCUAUCCUGUAGACUUCCGAAACGCUGGCCAUAUCGUUGACGAUGAAAUGCACCGCAUCAUGGUCAUGUCGCUCAGACCCGGUGUUCGUUUGACCGCCAUCUUUGACUCUUGUCACUCGGGGUCUGCCUUGGAUCUUCCAUACAUCUACUCCACGUCUGGCGUGCUCAAAGAGCCCAAUCUCGCCAAGGAAGCUGGCCAAGGCUUGCUGUCUAUUGUCUCGUCUUACGCUCGUGGCGAUCUGGGCGGCAUGGCGUCCACAGCAAUGGGUUUGUUCAAGAAGGCAACAACGGGCCGAGAUGUCUAUGAGCGAAACAAGGUCACCAAAACCAGCCCCGCCGAUGUCAUCAUGUGGUCGGGCAGCAAAGACGAGCAGACAUCCCAGGACGCACAAAUCGGCGGCCAGGCUACAGGAGCUAUGAGUUGGGCGUUCGUGACGGCGCUGAAAAAGAACCCCAACCAGAGCUACGUGCAAUUGUUGAACAGCAUUCGUGACGAGCUGGCAACCAAGUACACGCAGAAGCCGCAAUUGAGCUGCUCGCACCCAUUGAAUACGGAUUUGCUUUAUGUGAUGUAA